CUUAGGUUCCUCCGCCACCAUGCAAACCUGCUAUACUCACUAUUGCACCAACAUAGAAAUUAAACUCUCUGCUCAAGGGCAUCUUUCAAGCGCAUCGUUCCUACACACCUAACUUUUCUUCUCGACGUUAAUAGUAACUUGUGAUCUGCCUAGGGUAUCUACUCUUUCACUUCACUCACUCAAAACACUCGCACACGCGCAAUGGCUGCGUCUUGCUAUGGGGUGGCAGCAGCAAUCUCAUGUGGAAGCCCAGUUACAAGAAGGGCUGCAGGUUUAAACAAAUUCUUUGGACCUACUAACUACGCCAUGUUGCCUGCCAAGAGGGUUGCCAAGUUUAGGGUUAGAAGCAUGGCUGAGCAGGAGGAUGAUCAGAUCAAAGAGCCUGCGGUUGUUCCACCUAAGCCAACCACUCCUCCUAAGCCCAAGGUGAGUACCGGCUUUUCUGACGUGUUGGCCUUCAGCGGCCCAGGGCCGGAGAGGAUCAACGGCCGGCUGGCUAUGAUCGGAUUCGUGGCGGCGAUCGGAAUGGAAAUAGCCAAUGGACAAGAUAUCUUCGCCCAAGUGCAAAACGGGGGAAUUCCGUGGUUCUUGGGCACCAGCGUUUUGCUGUCCCUGGCAUCUCUCAUACCCAUGUUUAGAGGUGUCACUGCGGAAUCCAAAUCCGGGGAUUUGAUGACAUCCGAUGCAGAACUGUGGAACGGGAGGUUUGCUAUGCUGGGGCUGGUGGCGUUGGCUUUCACAGAGUAUGUGAAGGGUGGUGCUCUAGUGUGAGUUUCCAGGGUUCUUGAUGUUGUAGAAGCAAGAUUAUGGGUUUAUGGGAAGUAUGAAAGCCCUAUGAUAAUUGAAUGUUUGUGAACGCAUGUAAAAUUAAAUUCAUAUUGCAAAUUAUAUAUAUUUCUUAUCACUCUC